AUGGGUAUUGAACAAACAAAGCUAUCUAUUAAUGAACUUCUGGAUCGUUCAACUGGAACAGUAAUAGAUGAAAUUGAAAAAUUAAUAGAUAAUUCUGAAGAUGACAAAUUAUAUCUCAAUUCAAAAUUUGUUUUGCCUGAGGAUAUUAAAAAUAAAAUAAACAGUUCACCAUUUCCCAAGGAUUCACAACUUUUACUAUAUAAAAACGAUUUUAACCUGGGAAGCAAUGUAUUGUUACAAGAAAUUAGCAAACUUACAGUUUUUUUGAAUUUAUGCGGCAUUAAAUGUUCUAUAUGUAAGCUAUAUUGUUUAAAACAAAGAGAUUAUAAUAGUGUUCAUGAUUGUCUUACAGAUCACAAAUGCCAUUUUGAUUGCCAAUUUGAUGAAAGUCAUUCUGAACAAAAAAUGCAGAAAGGAGUAUGCAAACAUGAAGGCGGACAUGAUGGAAAGCAUUUUUGUGAUAAAAUCAGACAUGAAUGUGGAGAACCUUGUUAUUUAUCUAACAAAAGAAAUUGUAGCAAAUUUUGCACAUAUGAAGUGGGCCAUUCUGAAAGAGAGCAUAGCUGCAAAUCAAUUCACCAUUGUGGUGCAAAGUGUUCAUUAAGAAUAAGUAAAAAGAACAUGAAAUAUAAAUGUCCAAAUUAUUGCACUUUGCCAUAUGAUUUAAAGCACGAUGAUAAAAAACAUCGCUGUGAGAGUACUUCAUGUCCUAUAUCUUGUUCAAUGCCAAAUUGCAACAAAAAAUGUAUUAGCAACAAUUAUCGUCAUGCAUUAGAUGGAAAUGAUAUUUAA